AAUGCCGCCCCUCGGAACGUCCCAGCAUCACGGCCAUGUUUAUCCCGCGCCUUGGUUGGCUGCGACCGCUCAUUCCCCUCAUCCCUCGCUUUGCCUAAUUGGAAGGCCCCUGGUAUUCGCUCCUGACAGCCCCGUGUGCGGCGCCUGUGAUUGGCCGAGGGCUCCGGGAGAAGGAGGCGUGCUCAGCCGGGGAAGACGCGCCAUUUUACCAGCAUAGUGCAGGGGCUGCUUAGUGCAGCCUUUGUGGACGCGGGAGCAGUCGUACAGCUGAAUUGAUUUCCCAUAUGACCUUGUCAGUGCUGGUCACCCAAGUUCGUCCCUCACAUAACAGCUGAACCAGAGGACCAGAAAGACGCCAAACAAAUAAAAAAACAGCUGUCAUUAUAGAACAAGAACACUUAUCCUACUGGAGUCAUGAAAACCUAUAGACAGAGGGAGAAGCAGGGAAACAAGACUCAAGAAAGCGUCAAGGCUCCUGAUGAAGCAAAGAUAAAGGCAUUACUGGAAAGAACUGGAUACAGUUUGGAUGUAACAACAGGACAAAGGAAAUAUGGUGGACCGCCUCCAGAAUCUGUUUCCUCAUGUGCGCAACCAGGCAUUGGAACUGAGGUAUUUGUUGGAAAGAUACCCAGAGACUUGUAUGAAGAUGAGCUAGUACCGCUCUUUGAAAAAGCAGGCCCCAUCUGGGAUCUUCGUCUUAUGAUGGACCCUCUCUCUGGGCAAAAUCGGGGAUAUGCCUUUAUAACUUUCUGUAACAAAGACUCAGCACAGGAGGCUGUUAAGUUGUGUGACAACUAUGAGAUACGUCCUGGGAAGCAUAUUGGCGUAUGCAUUUCUGUUGCAAAUAACAGACUCUUUGUUGGCUCUAUCCCCAAAAAUAAGACUAAGGAAAAUAUUCUGGAAGAAUUUAGUAAAGUCACAGAGGGCCUGGUGGACGUCAUUCUUUACCAUCAACCUGAUGAUAAAAGGAAGAACCGUGGCUUCUGUUUUUUGGAGUACGAGGACCACAAAACUGCAGCACAAGCUAGACGGAGAUUAAUGAGUGGAAAAGUGAAGGUUUGGGGCAAUGUUGUAACUGUAGAAUGGGCAGAUCCAGUGGAGGAACCAGACCCUGAAAUCAUGGCAAAGGUUAAAGUACUUUUUGUGAGAAACUUGUCUUCCACGGUAACAGAAGAAAUUCUAGAAAAAGCUUUUUCAGUGUUUGGAAAGUUGGAGCGGGUGAAGAAAUUGAAGGAUUAUGCUUUUGUGCACUUUGAAGAGAGGGAUUCUGCAGUUAGGGCUAUGGAUGAAAUGAACGGAACAGACUUGGAGGGUGAAGAAAUUGAGAUCGUACUAGCAAAACCCCCAGAUAAGAAGAGGAAAGAGCGCCAGGCUGCACGACAGGCAUCCCGUGGUACUUUGUAUGAUGAUUAUUACUAUUAUCCCCCUCCUCGAAUGCCGCCUCUAGGCAGAGGCAGGGGCCGUGGAGGCAGAGGUGGCUAUUCAUAUCCGCAAGAUUAUUAUGGCUAUGAAGAUUACUAUGAUGAUUAUUACUCAUAUGAUUAUCAUGACUACCGUGGUGGCUACGAUGAUCCAUUCUAUGGGUAUGAUGAUGCAUACCCUGUGCGUGGGCGAGGAGGAAGAGGUGGCAGAGGCGGGCCUCCACCACCUAGAGGCAGAUCAGCUCCUCCUCAGCGUGGAGGGCGCUCUAAUUAUGUACCAAGAGGUUCUCCCAUGGGCCCUCCUAGGGGUUCCAGAGGUGGACGAGGUGGGCCAUCACAACAACCCCAACGAGGCCGUAACUCACGUGGUAACCGCGGAAGUAGAGGUGGGAAUGUUGGUGGAAAAAGAAAAGCAGAUGGGUACAGUCAGCCAGACUCCAAGCGUCGCCAGACCAACAAUCAGCAGAAUUGGGGAACCCAGCCUAUAGCGCAACAGCCGUUGCAGCAAGGUGGUGAUUAUACUGGUAACUAUGGUUACAGUAAUGACAACCAAGAGUUUUAUCAGGAUUCUUACGGUCAGCAAUGGAAAUAGGAAAGGCAACAAUUAGAAAGUUUGAUUUUUCAAACACCUAUAUUUCCAUACACUCACUAACACAGGCUUCAGUAUCCGUUUCCAGUAAUUUGUACCUGUUUCUUCACACUAUUGUAAAUAGAUUUAUUUUAUUUUCACCAUUGGUAUGCUCCAGUUAUUACCUGGUACAGUAAUGGGAAUGUAAGUUGGGGUUCACUUAACAUUUAAGCCAUGCAGAGAACCAAGCUUGAGAGCUCUGUAAGACUACUUUUUCUGUUCAGCUGUUACCAUUUAGGCUUUUGUUCUUGCUUCUAGAUUGUGAUGCUAUAGCUAUUUGCCCUUUUUUAUUUUAUUUUUAUUUUUUACUAAAAAUUUGUUAUAGUCACUCCCUAACAAAGACUGACGGAUACAAUUUGUUUUUGUUUUGUUUGUGUUUUUUCAUUUUUUUUCUUUAUAUAUAGGAGAUUUUAAGGGAGGACAGAUUAAUUUUUACAGAAAUGCAGCAUUUCUGGCAAUGUUUCCUUUAACUUUUGAGGUAUCUGCAGUAGCAUUAUGUUGUACAUAAAUGUAAACAGUAUUGAAGUCUUUAGUAAUUUUAAAGGUCAUCUUUAUAAUUAAACAUUUUAGGAUUUCAUGUAUUUGCUGUUUUUGAAUUUCUAGACUUAGUUAAUGGGUAUUUUUAUUGUUAUAAUUUCACAUUUUUUGGAAGGGAAAGAGAUGCCCUACCAAAUUGUUUCGCUUUGGCUCUUGAAGCCUUUGCAAUAUGUUCUGUGACUGUAUUACCCGUUUACUUGUUCAUGUGCAAUUUCAAUAAAACUCUUCACAAAAGAAAAAAAAAUUUAAACAAAGUUCCACUGCAAACAACCUCAUCCUUUUCCAAACUUGGUUGUAUCCUAUUAAAAAAAAAAAAAGAAAAAAUUCUGAGUUGUGAUUCUUGAAACAAACACAAUUCAAGACUGGACUGCAUAUGUGAGUGAUCAAAUCUGUGUUUUAAGAAAUGUUGGCUAUCCAUAAAGAUAGAAGGCAUUGGGAGGUGUACUUACAGAAUUACUGUCGUUAAAAACUACUUUUAACUUGUUGAUCAGACAUGUCAAACGUUUUUGUUCAUCGAAAAUCUCACUGCUGAGAUCUGCGAUCAACAACUUUUUUCGACACAUCAAGUUUUUAAUGACUGUAACUCUUUAAGGACAUUAAAUUAAUCUUGUUCUCCUUAUUGAUUCAAACUGUUGACUACCAGUACAUGUUUUACAUGUGACUGGGGUUGUAUAUAUUUUUUUUAUUUUUCCUUUUUGUAGUUGAGGUACAGAAGAGGUGGCUUAAAUCGCUGUUUCGAUUUGUUACCUGUUUGUUUGAACACUUAGAUAAAAUUGGAGAUGUUGGAUUUUACCAUACACUGCAUUUUUGACUCUCUACUGGUAGCAGUAACUAAACAUUAACCUUUUAAGCCUUUUAACGCCACCUGACAUGCUAGUGAGACAUGUCAGCUGAUGUAACUGGACAGGUUGCAUGUUCAGGGCUGAUGAAACUGAUAGAAUGAAGAGAGGCUCUUCUGUUCACUGUGCUGCUUUUGAUCUUUGGAUGAUUUAGGCUAUGAUUUCCAUGGGAGACAUAACAUAGCUUGUACGUCCAAAGUUCUGAGUUUUUAGCAGGUGGUGACUUUCUUCCAAAUACAGUGCAGCAUCUGUGCACUAGUUGUGUGUAGUAUUGCGACUCAGUCCAUUAACUUCAAUUGAGAAAUGCAAGAUACAACUCAGUCAGCUGUGCUGCUGCUUAAGAUUAUUAUUAUAAUAGACAUUAUUUCCUAAUCCUGGGUAACCCCAUUAAAGCUAAAGGGAAACCCUUCUCCUACAAACAUGUUCUGAUGUUUCUAAAUGAAAUGUAUGUAAGUGACCCUUCAACUAAACACUGUGGGUGAACAGGAGUGAGACGAGGGGGUCACUUAAAUUUCCAGUAAGUCCUGAGAUAUGUCCACCAAAAUAAUUGUGCGCCGUAGGCGGGGCUCCACCUACUCAAUAUACAUAUUCAUUGUCUGCAACUCUACAUCCUAGUGAAUGUAAACUUAGUGGCUGGAGCCCUGUCUCCUGUGCAGGAUUUACUGAAUUCAGCAGAGGUUCUUCUGGGGGACAUAUCUCAGGACCUACUGGACAUAUUUGGACUCCUGUUUACCCACACUAAACCCAAUACACUGGGUUAUAUUGUGGGUGAACAGGCUGACAGGUCUCCUUUUUAAAUUUUUUUUUGUAAAGCAGUCAAAAUGAACCCUAACUUUGGUAUCUAUGGACUCUUAUUCCAUUUUCUCCUGAUGUAGUUUUCUUAUAUGAAGCCCAGUAUAUUGUACUGUUGAAGAAAAAAGUAAAACCUAUAGUGGAAUUUUACUCACUUUGAGUUGCUGCCACAACUUUGCUUUUCAGCUACACAUGGGUGUUUAGUGUUCCCAAAUGUGGUUAGGAAAUAUGGUAUAAUGUGUUAACUUAAAUCUUAAUUGUCAUAUCUAAAAUCAACCAAAGAAUGUAAUGGUGUGUUUGACCCCCAUCACUUACAGACAGUACAGCUAUAUGUACAUCUUUAGCCCCCUAACAACUAUUUACUAAUUUUGUAAAAAAAAAAAAGAAAAGGACUGCUGUUAGACCUCCAAGUGUUAUGCCAUUUCCCAAUUAUUGUUAUACAAAGGCAUAUUCCAGUAUUUCCACUUUACUUGAUAUCCACUUAAUUAUUUUUUUCAUUUGAUCAUCAACAUAUUCAUAAAACCAGUGACGUGUGAAUAGUUCUGCAGCCAGGUGAGGGUCAAAUCUACAUGAACUUUUGGUUGCAGAUUGAAAGUCCCAGCUCCUUCCCCCUAUCACAAAGUCUUUCUUUCUUACUAGAUGUUCCCAGUAUUGAAGAUUAAAGAUGGUGGGUUUACACUCGCACCACUGUUCUUAGUAAGAUCAUUUACACAUUACCAGUCCUUCAAGCCAGAAUGCCCACAAUGAAUAUUGAUGCUAUUAAUUAUUAAAAUGAAAACCUUAAAAUCUUUCCAUUCACACGUUUUUGUUUUUAAAACCUGUGCGGCAUGUGCAAAAAAAUUAAAAAAUGAUAGCUGUUGGUAAUAAACAAAUUGAAUCUUUAAAUGGUAUGUAGUUAUAUUUCCUCUAGUGUGAAUUGUUUUUGGAUAUUUCCAAAUGUGCAGGAAAAAAAUCUUCAGUAAUGAUUUGAUUCUUCUGCUUUAUUCAGAUUAGACAAUGGAUGUCUUCAGCUUAUUGGUCUGAGGAUUUUCAGUAAAAUAGUGAUAUUUAAAAUGUUAUUUGAUCACUCAUUUAAAGCAGUCACAAUAAAACCAACUUUGUCCUUUUUUUUAACUCUGUAUGGAAACCAAAUUCAUAUUCCAAACAGGUCUGAGCAGAGGACACAAAGUCAGCUUACAGAUCUCAAAACUAUACUGAACGUGGAUUCUUAUUCCAAGAUCUACAUCAAGAAUCUUCAAUCUAAAUUUUCAUCGUGCAAUUUCCUUUUGCAAAUAAAGUGAUUUUAUUCUCAAACUGAAUCAAAUGAUAUUUAUCAUGUUGAAAUUUCUGAAAUUGUUCUUAAAGCAAAUCAAUUAAACAGCAAUCUAUUUAAUUUUGAAGUGGACUUAUGGCCUCCAACAAAAAAUUGUCUUUAUUGUAUUCAAAUUGUUCUCAAAUGAUAUACU